GGCCUUCCGGUAGAAGGGCGCGUGGGAGAGGAAGGUCACCACUCGGGACUCUUCCUCCUUGCUGCCCCAGAAAUGUCUUCACUAUCAGAAUAUGCCUUGCGCAUGACUCGUCUGAGUGCCCGGCUAUUUGGUGAAGUUGCCAAGCCUACUGAUUCCAAAUCCAUGAAAGUGGUGAAGCUGUUUAGUGAGCAGCCUUUGGCCAAGAGGAAGGAGACAUAUGACUGGUAUCCAAAUCACAACACUUAUUUUGCGCUCAUGGGGAUACUGCGUUUUUAUGGCCUCUACAGAGACGAGCAUCAGGACUUCAAGGAUGAGCAGAGACGUCUGAAGAAACUUCGUGGAAAGGGGAAACCAAAGAAAGGAGAAGGAAAAAGAGCAGCAAAAAAGAAAUAGUAUCUGUCAGUGCAGAGAGAAACUUCCUCCUCUGCAACUGAGAGCAGAAGCAAGAGUAUUUAUUCUCUUCCCCCAUGUUGGAUGACUGUAGGCUUUCUAAGCCGAAGAGCAUUUGGAGGAACACAAAUGCUCCGUGUUGAAGUCUGAUCCAGUUAAAGUGUGACUGGUUUCUUGAACACAUUCUAAUUCUGCAAAGUUAUUUUGGCCUUGGUUUUGUAAUCUGAGGUUUACCUCAUUCCCUAAAGAAAUGAAUGCAGCCCAGCCAGUGUGGCUCAGUGGUUGAGCAUUGACCCAGGAACCAAGAAGUCAUCGAUUGGAUUCCUGGUUGUAGGCUUAAUCCCCAGUGGGGGGCAUGCAGGAGGCAGCCGAUCAAUAAUGUUGUUCUCUCACUCAUGUUUCUCCCUCUCCCUUCCUCUCUCUCUAAAAAUCAAUAAAAACAUUUUUUAAAUGUAUAUAUAAAACAAGAAAUGAAU